AGAGGGUAAAGGGGAAGAUGUGGAGGAUUAUUUGGCGGUGGGCGGGUUGAGCGCGGGUGGUGAGGAGGCGGGCCGGCGUGCCCCCUGAAUGGCGAUCGGAGCGUGUGGCGCUCGGGCAGCGCCAGCAUCAACAUCAACCAGGCGGCCGUCUACAUCGAGCCCGGGCAACACCAACACCAACACCAGGCGGCCGUCCACAGUGAGCCCGGGCAGCACCAACACCAGGCGGCCGUCCACAGCGAGCCCGGGCCGUGUGUAGCGUUAAUACCAGCACCAGCCGACCGACCGACCCCAGCCAGCCCGGGCCCAGCCUCAACAUGUCCGACUGCAGCCGAGUAUCGCAGCUCGAGUGCGAGCUCUACUACUUGAUCGCCCGCUUCCUCCUCGCUGGACCCUGUCAGAAAUCGGCGCGGGUCCUGAUCCAGGAGUUGGAGGAAUAUCAGCUGGUCCCUCGGCGUCUGGACUGGGAAGGGAAGGAGCAUCGGAUGAGCUUUGAGAGCCUGGUAUUAGCCAACAAACAUGUAUCUUCAGAUCACUUGCUGCAAAUCUGUCAACGGAUUGGCCCCCUGUUGGAUAAGGAAAUCCCACCCAGUGUUCCUGGAGUGCAAACCUUACUGGGAGUUGGGCGACAGUCAUUGUUACGGACUAUAAAAGAUUGCAAACAUGUAGUGUGGAAAGGUUCGGCCUUCGCUGCUCUUCAUCGUGGAAGACCACCAGAACCUCCUGUGAGCUACGGAAAAUGUCCAAAUGCUGUGAAUAUUGUCACUUCAAAACAACUGACGGGAUGUGGAAGACAUAGCCAUGUUUUUCCUGUUGUGGCUUACCAGCAUGUGAAAAUGUACAAGAGGAUACUUGGGCAUCUUUCCUCUGUAUACUGCAUUGCAUUUGAUCGUUCAGGGAGGAGAAUUUUCACGGGUUCAGAUGAUUGCUUGGUAAAGAUUUGGGCCACUGAUGAUGGACGACUUCUGUCUACUUUACGUGGGCACUCAGCUGAAAUUUCUGAUAUGGCUGUUAACUAUGAGAACACAUUGAUUGCUGCCGGCAGCUGUGAUAAAGUGAUACGUGUUUGGUGCUUAAGGACAUGUGCUCCUAUUGCAGUACUGCAAGGACAUACUGGAUCUAUAACAUCUUUAUUGUUUUGCCCUGGCACCAGAGGAACAACACGAUACUUGACGUCUACAGGUGCAGAUGGGACCAUAUGCUUUUGGCAAUGGAAUAUGGAGACUAUAAAAUUUAAUGAACUUCCAGUGAAAUUUACAGAUAGAUCCAGGCCAGCAAGUCAAAUCUCCUGCUCUUCUUUCAGUUCUGGGGGGAUGUUUAUAGCAACUGGAAGUACAGAUCAUGUGAUUAGGGUUUACUACUUGGGUUCCGGUUCGCCAGAAAGGAUUUCCGAGCUGGCAUCACAUACGGAUAAAGUUGUCGCAAUUCAAUUCUGCAACAAUGGUCACAGCUUAAGAUUUCUUAGUGGCAGCCGAGAUGGAACAGCUAGAAUCUGGCAAUAUCAACACCAAGAGUGGAAGAGUAUAGUUUUGGACAUGUUUACAAAAUUACCGGGGAGCAAUUCAAUUUCCAUGGAAGACAAAAUCAGUAAGUUGAAAGUGACCAUGGUAGCCUGGGAUCGCUGUGACAGCACAGUAAUCACAGCAGUGAACAAUUUUCAUUUGAAAGUGUGGAACUCCUACACUGGCCAGCUGCUUCAUGUUCUCUCGGGUCAUGAUGAUGAAGUUUUUGUGCUAGAAGCUCAUCCAUUUGAUUCCAGGAUAAUGUUAUCUGCAGGGCAUGAUGGCAACAUUUUCAUCUGGGACCUAUCAAAAGGAACCAAACUCCGGAACUUUUUUAACAUGAUUGAAGGUCAGGGUCAUGGUGCUGUGUUUGAUUGUAAAUUCUCUGCAGAUGGACAUCAUUUUGCAUGCACUGACUCUCAUGGACAUGUACUGAUCUUUGGAUUUGGCUGCAUUAAACCAUAUGAAAAGAUUCCAGACCAAAUGUUUUAUCACACUGAUUACCGUCCUCUUAUCCGUGAUUCCAAUAAUUACGUCCUGGAUGAGCAGACACAGCAGGCACCUCAUCUCAUGCCUCCCCCAUUUCUGGUUGAUGUGGAUGGAAACCCCCACCCAACACACUAUCAACGGCUGGUGCCUGGUCGAGAGAACUGCAUGGAUGAACAGCUUGUUCCACAGUUGGGCUAUAUGGCAAAUGGUAAUGGAGAAGUUGUGGAACAAGUCAUCAGCCAACAGACAGAUGAUCAGUAUGAGAAUAACCAGGAAACCAGUGUUCUGGAUGAUGCUAUUAGAGAACUCCAGCGAGAACAUGAAAUGAGGCAGAGAAGUGAAGGAAUAUCUAUACCAGAUGAUCCUUACAGUAGAUCAAAUUCGCUAAACAGUGCCUUGCUGUCUUCACCGAAUCUCGGACUUCGAAGGAGUGGUCAAAUUGAAGGUGUCCGACAAAUGCACAAUAAUGCCCCGAGGAGUCAAAUUGCUACAGAGGGAGACCUGAUGGCAUGGAGCAGGAGGGUUGUAGUUACGGAGCUUUCACCUGGAAUAAGAAUAUUUCAGGAGGAAUUGCGUCUUUGCAAAGGAGAUGGAGAAAUCAAUCUGUACACAACUGAGAAAAAACGUAAACCAUUACAACCAACACAGAAGAGCGAUGGCCAGGAUUAUUUUCCACAUUCAGGAAGGCGAAUUCAACGGCGAAAUCAACAUUUUUAUCAAACCCGUUCAACUGUCGAACGUCGUACUCGCAGUAUUCAUCGCAUGGAAGAUCCAAAUAAUUCUUCGGAGCAGGAAAUGGAGACUGUUGAUGGAAGUGAUGGAUCAUCUGAAGAGGUUGAAGAAGAGUGGCAGAGUGAAAGCACUUCCAGCGAUUCUUCAAGUGAGUAUUCAGAUUGGACAGCAGAUGCAGGCAUUAACUUGCAACCUCCCAAGCGACUGGUGAGACGAAAAGUAAGGCACAACAGGAGCAGCUCUGACGAUGAAAAGAUGGGUGAAAGAUUGGCUGUAAAACGUAAAAAAUCCAAACAGUCCAAGCAAAAGAGGCCAGGUGAACUUGCAUUGGAUGGUGUGCCUGUUGAAGAAUGGAUUCCUCCUGCUUGGAUCAGCGAUACCGUUCCACGCAGAUCGCCAUUUGUGCCCCAAAUGGGCGAAGAGGCUGUAUAUUUUCGUCAAGGACAUGAAGCAUAUGUGAAAGCUGUUAAAAAAGCAAAAAUAUACAAUGUAAACCUUCAGAAGCAACCAUGGAUCAAAUUAGAACUCAGGGAACAAGAGAUCGUGAAGGUCAUUGGGAUCAAGUAUGAAGUUGGACCGCCUACAUUAUGCUGUCUGAAGCUUUCUCUGUUAGAUCCCAUUACUGGCAAAAUGACUGGAGAAUCCUUCUCUAUUAAAUACCAUGAUAUGCCAGAUGUCAUUGACUUUUUAGUUUUGAGGCAAUUUUACGAUGACGCUAAAAAGAGAAACUGGAAAGUUGGAGACCGCUUUCGCAGUAUAAUAGACGAUGCCUGGUGGUUUGGGUCUGUGGUGAAUCAGCAUCCUUUUCAGCCCGAGUAUCCUGACAGUUUGUUUCAGUGUUAUAAUGUCUGCUGGGAUAAUAAUGAGUUGGAGAAGAUGAGCCCCUGGGACAUGGAACAAAUACCGGAAAAUGCUACCUACCCUGAAGAAAUUGGUGCUAGUGUUCCAGUCACACCGGAAGAGCUUAAAGACUUGUUAUAUAAACCCCAAGAAGGUGAUUGGGGAUCCUGCUUUGCAAAUGAAGAAUGUGAACGUAUCAUUCGGGGAAUUGAUCAACUGCUAGCACUUGAAAUAGCAGCACCAUUUUCUGCUCCAGUGGAUCUCAAUGCCUACCCAUUGUAUUGCACUGUGGUUGCAUAUCCAACAGACCUGAACACCAUCAGGAGGAAAUUAGAAAACAGAUUUUAUAGGACGAUUUCUAGCCUAAUGUGGGAAGUAAGGUACGUUGAACAUAAUGCUGGAACCUUCAAUGAGCUUGGCAGUCCAAUUGUUAAGUCGGCAAAGUUAAUCAGCGAUGUGUUACUGAAAUUUAUUAGGGACCAGAACUGCACCAAUAUUUUAGAGCAGUAUGAAAAAACUAAGAUAGAGGAACUCAGUGAUGAUGAAAAUGACAAGGCUUCAGAAUUGGAUUCAGAUGCUCCUGGGACCUCCUCAGACACAAUAUUUUGGCUCCCAAGCCAACUGAAUAGAAGACCAGCGUUAAGCGUUGACGUGCAUACUUGGAAGGAACAGUGCAAGGAGUUUCUGGAUCUUAUGUUUCAGCGCGAAGAUUCUGAACCUUUCAGGCAGCCAGUAGAUCUCUUCGCUUAUCCUGACUACAGGGAUAUCAUAGACACCCCAAUGGACUUCAACAUGGUGAAAGAAACACUUGAAGCGGAAAAUUAUGAAUCACCUGUGGAGUUUUGCAAGGAUGUUCGAUUAAUAUUCAGCAAUGCCAAAGCUUACACACCUAACAAGAAAUCAAGGAUAUACAACAUGACACUCAAGUUAUCUGCCUUAGUUGAAACUCAAAUUAAAAACAUCAUCUCUAACUAUAAACUUGCCUUGAAGUGCCAAAAAAAGAUCAAACCAAGACAAAAGUAUAGGAAAAGAUUCAAGAGCAGCAGCAGUUCACAAUCCAGUAGCAAGAGCAGUUCACGGUCUGGCAGCAGGUCCACUUCCCAGUCAAGCAGCAGGAGCAGUUCUCAAUCCAGGAGCAGUUCGCGAUCCAAAGGCAGGAGCAGUUCUCGAUCCAGAAGCAGAAACAGUUCUCGAUCCAGAAGCAGAAACAGUUCUCGAUCAAGAAGCAGAAACAGUUCUCGAUCAAGAAGCAGAAACAGUUCUCGAUCCAGAAGCAGAAACAGUUCUCGAUCCAGAAGCAGGAGUGGAUCUCGAUCCAGAAGCAGGAGUGGAUCUCGAUCCAAAGGCAGGAGCAGUUCUCGAUCCAGAAGCAGAAGCGGUUCUCGAUCCAGAAGCAGGAGUGGUUCUCGAUCCAGAAGCAGGAGCAGUUCUCGGUCCAAAGGCAGGAGCAGUUCUCGAAGCAGAAGCGGUUCUCAAUCCAGAAGCAGGAGCGGUUCUCGAUCCAGCAGUCGUGCAUCCAGCCACAAACACAGAGCAGCAAACUCUCCUAAUACAAUUCUGACUUCUUCGCCACCCUAUUUUGUAAGAACGAUUUCAUCAAGAUCAUCUCCAGCUUCGGAAACAGAUGAACUUUCAGGACGAUUGAAUAUUGAGCUUAAACAUCCACAUGUAUUGCCACUUCCUGAGUGGGAUGCACAGGAUAGGAUUCAAAGUGAUUCGGAGUCUGAAAAUACAAGCAUAAUCAAGAACACACUUGCACCAGUAAAGCAAGAUCAAUUGUCUAGUGGUCCUUUAGUUAAUGGCCAUGAAAUGCGCACAUCUACUAAAAGAAAGUUGAUGAGUGACUCAGAAGAAAGUGAUUUGGACGAUACAAAUCAGGGGGAGAUGGAAGAUACCGCACAAUUAGACAACGAUGCAUCAGCCAAAUCUGGGUCCGGAUCUGAAUGCGGGCCAGAAUCAGUUUCAGGGGUUGAUAAAGAUCAUGUUGAAGGAGAUCAUGAUUACAGCAAGGUUGUGAGAAGAAAGACAACAGGGAAAGGAAAUAUAAAAAACAGAGUAGGAGUAAGAAGAAAAAGGAGGAGGAGGAAAGGUUUCAAAUUUACCACGCCGACAAACAAAUAUAAAAGGGCACGACUGUUGGAUGAUUGGUUUGAUGAAGAUGAAUUGUGCAUUGAUCGAUUAAAUAAAUGUUCCACAAUUAGAACUAGAAACCAAGGCAGAAGAACUGUUUUAUAUAAUGACGACUCUGAUGAUGGCUUUGUAGCAACUGACGAGCCCCUAAAUCUUGGCACGUCAAGAUCAGGAAGAAUGAGGCGAAUGACAGAGAAGGCUAAGGCAAGUCACCUAAUGGGAUGGAGUCACUGACUGUUAAAGGACAGAACAUUUUAAGAUGAAUUUAUUUAUACUGCAGGGAUUUGAUAUGCACAUUAUUUUUACUAAUUUAUGUGGGAAGAGGGUGUUGAUGGGUGAGUGGUGAGGGUAUUGCUCAAACUAUUAUUUUUUGGCAAUGGUGCUUAUCCAGUCAUCAAAAUGCACUUCGGUCUCCCAAACCGAUGCUAACUGACUGCUCAAUCCAACCUCGGAUACAGUAUAUCCUUAAUGCAUUAGAAAAUAUCACUGUGUCAGGGUCCUAAAGUCAACAUCAGUUAUAUUUUGGCCACUUUACCACUGCAAUUUUUCGCAAAUCUGGACGGUGUUUUUAUUUAUCAAAUAAACAUGUGACAUAAUUUAACUAAAUUCCAGCCAUAACUUCUCCAUAUACAAUAACAAGCAUGUUCUGAAUUUUGCACAAUUCUUCCAGUCUCAGUGGCAGCUAUUAAAGGUUUACAACAUGACUAAUUUCACUAAUUAAGAUUACACCUUAUUUGAUCUGCACUGGAUUUAUUUUUUGAUUUAAUUCGAAUUGUAAUAUAUAUUUGUGUUAACCUGUUUUUAUUUUGAAGAUUAAUUUUGUAUUCAGUUGUGUAUUUUGUCUUCCAGUGAUAGCGAUAAUGAACAAAUGAGUGGUGCCUUUGUAAAUGUGGUUAAUUUAUGUAUGAGUGAUAUUUCAUGGUGUUUUGUAUUAAUUUUGAACAAGUUGAGAUAUAUGAACUGCAAAGCUGUUUGAAAUGGGUUUUUUUUUCAAAUGUUUACAUCCACAAAACAGACAUUUAAAAUUGCCUGUACCUUUUUCAUUGUUUUAUGUUUUUUUUUUAAAUCUUUCCAUUUUAAUGGUCUUUUCCACUCAACAUUACGGUACUGCUUUCCUUCAACAAAGAAAUUGAAGAUAAUUAUGUUUUGCAGAUUACUUUGUUGCUGCUGAUAAUGCCUGCGCUUUUGUGCUAAGGAAAGAGACAACCAGUGUAAUAUCACUAGGUAAUUAGAGUAUCGCAGCAUUGAUUAUCUAGAAGCUUGACAGUCCUUUUACCAGAUCAAAAUUGUCAAGUUAUUCAUUCUGUUUUCAUGUUAACUGUGGGCAUGUAUUUGGGGGACCUUCUUAACACCUCUUUUGCUCUUUAUGGCUUAUUAUACUCUGGUUUUACCUUCUACUUCUAAUCCUCCCAGGAAGAUGAUGAUGUUCAGCAACUACAACAUUUAAUUGAGAAUUUGAGCUCAGACUGUUUGAAUUGCAUGAGAAAAUACACUGAUUUGUGUAGAUGUUUCUUGAAAAUGACAUCUUAUUCUCACUGAAGGAAUCCUAACACCAAUGGGCAUAAGGGACACAGUUAUAAACUCCAUUAGUUUGUGGGUGGCUUCUAAAUUACAUCUAAUUCACCACUUUCUGUUCACAUGCAGCUCUUUACUGAGUGGUCAAUAUAAGGAAUGCCAUGUUUAUCCAGGUCCAGUACACAGUGCUAGUAAGAUUUUCUGAGAAAAUCAUGAUUGUUAAUAGAUAUUAAUUCAUUUUUAGCAAAUUGUACUAUUUAAGUUCUGUUCAAACCUGACCCCCCCCCCCCCCCCCCCCCCCCCCCCCCCCCCCCCCCCCCCCCCCCCCUUCCCCCACACACCACCCACCAACACCAUCUACUCCAUUCCCCAAAUGUGAGAUUAGCAUUGUAGAUAAAACUACUUCCUAUUUAAAGUGUUUCACUAAAGUUGCUCGAGGAAUAUGGUUAUCUGUACUCGAACUUGUGCAGGAAGAUCUGGAGUCCUGUUUAUUUUUCUACAGAAAAUGUACAUUGAACUCAUUGUUUCUGUUAUUUACUAUAGAUUCUGCAAAUCUUUGUAAACCAGUCAGGAUGUUUUGGAAAUGCUCUAAUCACGGCUGGACAAUCAAACUGAAUUGUAUUGAAAUACAUUUAAAAAUAUAUAUAUUCUUAUUCAGUAAACAUUGAAGUGCAACUCUAGUGAAAUAACUUAUUAAUUCUACUCCAAAGAUUUCAUACUAAGAAGGUAUUGUGUGCUCCAUCUUCUCCUGCCCCUUCCUAUAAAAUCAUGUGGAACACUUUCCCAAUUCAUGAAGAAACAAUGUGUGAAUUACUUUUACUUAUAGCUGUUGAUUUGAACCAAAACCUUCCAGAAACGUGGCUUAAAAAUGGACCAGAUUGUAUCAAUAAAUUGACUUUAAAUAGAUUUUUCACCAAAUCCUUAAUAUUGGUGGCAGUCAUUUUAUAUAUGUUAGCAUAAAUCUAUUUUAAAAAGUCAGCAUUUCAGGGAUUUUUCUUGCCACUUAGGCAGACCAAACGUAAUGUUGAUAUGCAAACAUAUACUGUGACAUACGUUUGACAAUUUUUGUAUUGUAAAAAGUGUACAUAUGUAACCAUUUUGUUUAUAAAAUAGUUACUACACCUGUUUUAUAAUGUUUUUAUUUAUGAAAUGUUUUUUGCCAAAGUGACUAUUUGUAUUUAAUAUGUUUUUGCUGUUUUGGGGGCAUUUUAUUAAUCAGCUGUUGGUUAAUUUCCUUCUCAUGCUUCACAAACUAAAUUCCAAACCCUUGAUCUGCUUGGUGGGAGAGCAUAUUAUAUAGACUGGAUAGGGAUGGAGUUUUGGUGGAAUAUCUAGAAGUCCAGAAAAUGGGAAUCCUUGAUGUGCGGAGUGUAUUGUGGGAGGGAAGCCCUCGAGAGGCUGCAAAGGCCUGUUAGCUUUUCUCUACAAGUUUCCUUCCCAUGUUUCCCUGGGCCCCA